GGGUGGUUCAGAAAAACACAGAUUCACAGCCAAUAUUAUCGUGAUAGGUGCAAAAUCUACUAAUAAACAUAACACAUAUGGUGUAUACAAGGCUUGUGAUGAAGCUCUCGGUCGAGAUGAAGCCUUAAAAACACCAAUUACUAAUAAAAAAUAUAUAGUUCGUAAUCAUUUGAAAAGAUGUGAACACUUUCUUGCUACGCUAGGUUUUAAAGAAGCAGUGGACGCAUAUUGCAACAAAACAGAUAAUGAAACAGAAAAUGAUUCUCAAGCUUCAAAAAAAUGCCACAACACUGAUAUAUCUGCUACCCUGGAAUUUUUAAACCCAAAUCUAAUCCUUCCCGAUCAGUAUACUUUGUCUAAUCGUAUUCUUAAUGCUGAAACAACAAAUUUAGCCCUGUCUCGCGAAAAAAAGAUAAAAUUGAAAGAAACUUUAAUUUGGGAUGCAAUUGACAUAAGUUUUAAACGUGAACGAAUGAUAGAGGUCAUUCCUAAAAUUAAAUCUAUAAUUCAAAAUGCGUUGAAUAUUGGUGCUAAAUUAUCUGCUAUUGUUUCCGAUAGUGCUUCGGCAUAUGCUGGUGCUAGGUAA